AUGACCUCAUGGGAGUGCGACCCCCUGGUGGCCAAGGCGGUGGUGCACCUCUGCGUAUGCGAGUCCUUCGACGUAUUCGGUAUACCGACGGAGAUGACGAGGGAGUCGGCGGUGGAGCUCCACGCGUUCCACCGGGGCACACACCCCAUCUGCACCAACCCGAGGUGCCGGAACCUGAGGGAGUGCACGGACGAGUGCGGGAAGGUGAGGAUGGCGACCUGGCUGCCGAGGCAGAGGGUCCCCGUGCUGCUCUACGUCGACGACAGCAAGAGGACCUAUGUGGGGAUAAAGGGCCGCAUACUCUUCGCAUCCGAGUGCGCGAUGCUGGGUCACCGCAUGCCAGAGUGCACGAUGAUCCUCUCGCACUUUGUAGAGGACAGGACGGAGAGAGGGAUGGAGCCGAGGGUGUUGAUCUACGACAUCGCGAUGUACAAGGGCGAGAGCGUCGCGGCGAGUGACCCGCUGGAGCGCUACCAGAUACUGCUGGGCAUGUUCAAGGAUGUCAAGGGGCUUGUGUCGUUGCAAUGGAUAGGGCACGAGGCGAGCGCGACAAAGAACUUCGAGUGGUUCACCAAGAACGUCCCCCACGAGGUGGAGUGCAUCGUCAACCUGGGACACGACCCUUGGACCCUCUGCCGGGUCCUGCACAUCGAUACGCAGAGGAAGGAACCCGGAUAUAAUCCUUACCCUCCCUUGAAUGCUUCCAUUUAUGAUGUAGCAAUAGCAAUAUGCUAA